CGAGGAGGCUGCGGUAGAGCCAUGGCUGGGCGAGGUCGGGUUUGGGCGCUGGCGCUGGCGCUCUGCGCCUUGCCGGGCAGCCUCUGUCUGCAGGAGAGCGAAGCGACUGAGCCUGAAACGCCGGCGGCUCUCGGCGGAGGGGCGAAUAGGCGGCGGCGCCUGAGCCAGGAGGACGGCAUCUCCUUCGAGUACCACCGCUACCCGGAGCUGCGGGAAGCGCUGGUGUCGGUGUGGCUGCAGUGUCCGUCCAUCAGUAGGAUCUACACCGUGGGCCGCAGCUUCGAGGGCAGGGAGUUGCUGGUCAUCGAGGUCUCGGACAACCCUGGCGAGCACGAACCUGGAGAGCCAGAAUUUAAAUAUGUUGGCAACAUGCAUGGAAAUGAAGCUGUUGGAAGAGAACUUCUUAUCUUCUUGGCUCAAUACUUGUGCAAUGAAUAUCAGAAGGGAAAUGAGACUAUCAUUAAUUUGAUCCAUAGUACACGUAUCCACAUCAUGCCGUCUCUGAAUCCAGAUGGCUUUGAGAAGGCAGCAUCACAGCCAGGUGAACUCAAAGAUUGGUUUGUUGGUCGAAGUAAUGCACAGGGAAUAGACCUAAAUCGAAAUUUCCCUGAUCUGGAUAGAAUUGUCUAUGUCAACGAGAGAGAAGGUGGUCCAAAUAAUCAUUUGCUGAAAAAUAUGAAAAAAGCUGUGGACCAAAAUCUAAAGCUUGCACCAGAAACAAAAGGUGUGAUUCACUGGAUAAUGGAUAUUCCCUUUGUACUGUCCGCCAAUCUUCACGGUGGAGACCUUGUGGCAAAUUACCCAUAUGACGAAACUCGAACUGGAAGUGCACAUGAAUACAGCUCCUGCCCAGAUGACGCUAUUUUCCAAAGCUUAGCCCGAAGCUAUUCAUCUUUUAAUCCAGCCAUGUCAAACCCAAAUCGACCACCAUGUCGCAAGAAUGAUGAUGACAGCAGUUUCAUUGAUGGGACAACUAAUGGUGGUGCUUGGUAUAGCGUUCCAGGAGGUAUGCAGGACUUCAACUAUCUCAGCAGCAAUUGCUUUGAAAUCACCGUGGAGCUUAGCUGUGAAAAAUUCCCUCCAGAAGAAACUCUGAAAAGCUAUUGGGAGGACAACAAGAAUUCACUUAUCAGCUACAUUGAGCAGAUACAUCGAGGAAUAAAAGGAUUUAUUAGAGAUCUUCAGGGUAAUCCCAUUGCUAAUGCCACAAUUUCUGUAGAGGGGAUAAACCAUGACAUUACAUCAGCAAAGGAUGGUGAUUACUGGAGGCUGUUGGUACCAGGAAAUUAUAAAGUGACAGCCUCAGCACCUGACUAUCUAGCAAUCACAAAAAAAGUGGCUGUUCCCUUCAGUCCUGCUAUUAGGGUUGAUUUUGACUUGGAGUCAUUGUCUGAAAGAAAAGAAGAGGAAAAGGAAGAGCUAAUGGAAUGGUGGAAGAUGAUGUCAGAAACUUUAAAUUUUUAAGCAGACGUUCUGAAUUCACAUCUUUUAAUCUACUAUAUGUUCAUUUAGUGUAAUGUACUGUGAAAAGUCCCGACAUUUUAGAUUUUGUGUAGCUCAUAAUAUGUAACUUUUGGGGUCAGCUGAGUAAUUUUUUUAAUAACCUAUUCUCCAUAAAAGUAUAUUACUGGAACCUUUUAUGUCAUAUUUGCUGUCUUACAUAUUCAACUUGAAAGGCAAAUGCCCACAGAAUAUGUCCUUUCUCUAAUGUGACUGUGAAUUUGAGUGUUUUACUAUCCUAAAUAUGCAGGUUAAGUACAUUAAAAAGCCAAGUCACUUGCAACAACUGCCACAAAUAUUUUUCCCUACAGGUAAACCUAUUUAGAUUUUUUUUUUUUAAAAAAACAAACCUCAUAAUGAUACUGAAAAUAUAUGUGAUAAUAAUUUAGUAUUGUACAUAACAAUUAUUUUUUGUUCUGUGGAAGAGCCAUAUAAAAUAAGAAUCCAAGUACUUGGGUUUUACAUAUAAUACUGAUAUGGAAAUGGCUUCCAUCAUUCUUAAGAAAAAAAAUAGUACACUUUUUUUCCUUUUGUUGUGUUUAUUAAUGUUCUUAAAUAACGUGGUAAUCAGAUUAAAAAUUCUGGAUGGCUAAAACAGUU